CCUUGGACGUUGACACACACAUCACAACAACAUUUCUCUUUGUCUUUGCCAUUUCUUAAAGCAAUGGGUUCCAGAAAUCUAUUUGGUGUCAAUUAUCUGUUGCUUAAGCCAGAAGAAGCAACUGUGUUUGAUCUUGGGACCCUCUUGUUCUCUUCCAAGUUGAGCAAUAGAAGAUUCAUAGAGUGCCCAGAAGGGGUUGAAGCAGAAUAUUUUCGACAAAGAUGGCUCAUCUUCACAUCUGUUGUGGCACAGAUUCUCCUUCUUGCCUCAAGAAACUCCUUGAAAAGGUUCGGGGACAUGUUGGAGUUUUGGAUCAAUCUUUUAUCAUGGAAUGGAGGUUUCAAAGGACUCUUCUUCAACAUUCUAAGAGGAAAGGUGAAAAUACCAGAAAAAUCAUCAGCAUCAUAUUUAUCUGUGGUGGGUUGCAUUGACACACGAGUUGACUUAGACAAAAACAUUAAACAAAAUGAUGCCAAAUACGAAGGAUCCCUCUCAAUGAUGGCUUCAAAGUUGUCCUACGAAAAUGAAAAUGUUGUUUGUAACGCAGUGCAAAAUCAUUGGAAUAUGGAGUUUUUGGGGUUACACAGCUUCUGGAACGAUUACCAAGAGCAGUGGUCGACAAAAGCAAUCAUAUUGCAAGAUACGAAGUCGGAACCGAAGUUGAUUGUUGUUGCAUUCAGGGGUACAGAGCCAUUUGAUGCAGACCAAUGGAGAACAGAUGUGGAUCUCUCUUGGUACAACUUUGCCAAUGUGGGUAGGAUACAUGUUGGCUUUAUGAAAGCAUUGGGUCUUCAGAAGAAUUUUGGAUGGCCCAAAGAGAUUGAUCAAACCAACCCCUAUUCUUACGCCUACUAUACAAUCAGAGAGAAGCUCAGAACAAUGUUGAAGGAAAAUACGGAUGCAAAAUUCAUACUUACAGGCCACAGUUUGGGAGGAGCCUUGGCCAUUCUCUUUGCUGCUCUUCUCACAAUACAUGAGGAGACAUCGCUGUUGGAGAAAUUAGAAGGGGUUUAUACAUUUGGGCAGCCACGAGUUGGGGACUAUGAGUUUGGGGAGUUCAUGAAGGACAAGCUCAGAAAGUAUAAUGUGAGAUUCAAGAGGUAUGUUUACUGCAAUGAUGUGGUGCCUAGGGUCCCUUACGAUGACAAAAACCUCUUCUAUAAACACUUUGCUCCUUGCCUCUACUUCAACAGCUUCUACCGGGGGCAGGUUCUAGAGGAGGAGCCAAACAAGAACUAUUUUUCUGUGUUCUGGGUCAUACCCAAGUUGCUAAACGCAGUCUGGGAGCUUAUUAGAGGAUUUCUUCCCGCCCUCCUAGUAGGUGAAAGCUAUACUCAGAACUGGUUCAUGACGAUAAUGAGGAUCUUUGGAUGCAUGAUUCCAGGAAUACCCGAACAUCUUCCUCCAGAUUAUGUCAAUGUUACCAGGUUGGGAACUUUACCUCAAAACUCGCAAGAUUCCAAGACUGACUGAGAUCGAAGCUUGUGUAGCCAGCGACUAAAUAAACACCCAAUAUUGGAAUGUCAUUGAACAAUUACUCUGAAGUUGUAUUCCACUAAUUGUGGUGUAAUCAUAUUAAUAAUUCAAAAUAUGCUGGUACAUACCACAAAA